CCAAUUUUGUUUUGCGAAAAACUUUCUGCAAGAUUUGCAACCGAUACGAAGAUAAAGAACUUGUCCGAAACGAAUUCAAAACUGUUCCAGCGCAGUGCCCACCAUAAUGGCAGAUCCGAAAUUUCAAAAUCUUCCCGGUAUUGCUUAUGACCAACCGGAUGUUUAUGAAACUCCAGAUGAUCCAGAGCCCGAUACAUCGGACUAUUACGAGGAGGAACCGGAGAACGAUGCCAUCGAGCGCAUGCACAUUUCACCAAGCGUCGCGCACAAGCGUUUCAAUAAUGCUUCACUCGAAGGCAGCGUUGACUUCACGGAUCGCAUUGGACGCCGCCUGUGCCGUGGCUACGACGUGCGAGGCGGUGAAUACGAGCUGGUUGGCCUAGGUGAGAAGGAGACACCUGUGCAAAAAUGCCAACGUCUGCAGAUUGAGAUGAACGAGCUGCUCAAUGAAGUAGCCGCUCUGCAAGUUGAUCGCAAAAUCGCUGAUGAAGAGAAGCAAUCUUAUGAUGCAGUGGCAACUGUAAUCAGCACUGCGAAACGUGUGUUGGACACAUUGAAAUUGGAACAGGUGCUGGGCAAAGAACAAAUGCCCAAUGAUAAGCAGGUUAAGGCUCUGGUCUCUCAAGUAGAAGAAUUUAAGCAGUCCGGUGUUCUAACUGCGUUGCCAACUCCCGGCACUGACUUGGCGUCCACGGCACGUGUGGCAAGUCUCGAGCAGCGUUUGCAUCAGCUGGAAAAAGCUGUAGGAGCUCAGCCCGAGAAGCUGAGCCGCCUGACAGCGGUUACCAAUACAAGCAAUGUGCUUGAAGCUGUGCGGCAUUUGAGUACCAAGGCAGCUUUACUUCAGCCGGAUAAACUUGAUGUAAUCGAGCAACGAUUGUCUUCGCUAGCGGGUAAAAUGGAUGCCAUACAGGAGAAGUCCAGCGGCAGUCCACAGGAUGCUAAGCGCGACCAAAAGAUAUCUGAACUUUAUGAUAUUGCAAAACGUACCGAACCUGUAGUUGAAAUACUGCCACAUGUGAUUGAGCGCAUGCAAGCGUUGGAAUCGCUGCAUAAAUAUGCAAACAAUUUCGCUAAGAUUAUUGCUGAAAUCGAACAGAAACAAGGCACAAUUACCACCAGUUUGGUCAAUAACAAGGAACUACUUCAUUCGGUGCAGGAGACGUUUGCUCAAAAUCUGGAAACUAUAAACAACAAAGUAGCCAAGGUUGAACAACGAGUCACAGCGAUUACUAAUGCUAAAUAGAAUGUCGAGCAUAUUAUGAAUAUCUACUACACAUUCAUGCAUACCUAGAAUUAUAUAACUAAAUAUGUGAAAUUAUUUAUUUUAUCCAAUAAAUCUAAUGCAAUGAGCUUCA